CUCACUCGUCCGCCACCACGAUCGGCGCUGCCGCCCGCCUCCCCCUCCUCUCGGACGAAGGCCAACCAGGGCGAAUGGCUGCGCCGGCGAGCGACGACGAAAGCAAGGACGUGGACGCCUUCCUGUCGUCGUGCGCGGCGUCGGGCGAGGUCGCGUAUGCCGCCGCUGAGGCCGUGUUCGAGCGCCUCCAGGCCCGCGCCUCCCGCGCCGCGGCCCGACGCCUCCUCGACGCCGUCCACCGCCGCUUCGACGCCGGGCAGGAGCACCGCUUCCUCACCUUCCACUUCCGCGACGUCGUCGUCGACCCCCACAUCCGAGGGUUCCAGCAAAGCACGAAGCUAACAAUGAUGGAGAUACCUAGCAUUUUCACUCCUGAAGAUUGGUCCUUCGCUUUUUAUGAGGGCCUUAAUCAGCAUCAAGAUUCCACUUCCAGGGAUAAGACGUAUGGAGAGCUGGGGUGUGGCAAUGGUUGGAUAUCUAUUGCGCUUGCAGAGAAGUUGUCCCCUUUGAAGGUCUAUGGUCUAGAUAUUAACCCAAGGGCCAUCAAGAUUGCAUGGAUAAAUCUAUACUUGAAUGCCCUAGACGACAAUGGUCUCCCGGUCUAUGAUAGGGAGGGAAAAACAUUGCUGGAUAGAGUUGAAUUCCAUGAAUCUGAUCUUCUUUCAUACUGUAUAGAUAACAAGAUAGAACUUGAUUGCAUUGUUGGCUGCAUACCACAGAUUCUUAACCCCAAUCCAGAGGCAAUGUCAAAGAUUAUGACUGAAAAUUCAAGUGAGAAGUUCUUGUACUCCUUGAGCAACUACUGUGCUCUUCAGGAAGGACAGGACUGGCAGUCUACAUUAAAAGGGUUUUUUUUUGAGGACCAGUUUGGCCUCGGGUUGAUUGCUCGGGCAGUUGAAGAAGGGAUAGCUGUCAUAAAGCCUAUGGGUAUCAUGAUAUUCAACAUAGGAGACCGACCAGGUCAAGGUGUCUGUGAACGCCUAUUUCUACGCCGUGGAUUCCAUAUCAGUAAGCUCUGGCAAACAAAAAUUAUGCAGGCUGCCGACACUGAUAUUUCAGCUUUAGUUGAAAUUGAACAAAACAGCCCACAUCAAUUUGAAUUUUUUAUGGACCUUGCCGGGGAUCAGUCUGUCUCUGCACGCACAGCCCAGGCAUACAUGAAAUCUGGUGGCCGUGUUUCACAUGCUUUGUCUGUGUAUAGCUGUCAACUUCACAAACCCAUUCAGGUGAAGAAAUUGUUUGAGAUUCUUAAAGAUGGGUUCAAUGAAAUCAGCAGCUCCCUUGAUUUGUCCUUUGAUAAUGAUUCGGUUGCUUCUGAAAAAAUGGCCUUCCUAGUAUACCUUGCUAGUUUUUUGAAAGAGAAUAAGUCCAAUCCUUGUGAGCCUCCAUUUGGAUGUUUAAACUUCCGGAAUCUUGUUGCUGAAUUUAUGAAGAGCUACUACAACAUCCCAUUAACUUCUGAUAAUGUUGCUGUAUUCCCUUCUCGUGUUGUUGCCAUAGAAAUUUCUCUUCGACUGUUCUCACCGGCGCUUGCAAUUGUGGAUGAACAUCUGACCAGACACUUGCCGAAGCAAUGGUUAACAUCCUCAGCAAUUGAGGGAAGAGAAGAUUGUAACCAUGGUAAAGACACAGUCAUUGUAAUUGCAGCACCACGCCAAUCAGAUUUGCUGAUUGAGUUGAUCAGGAAACUGAAGCCUCAGGUGGUUGUUACUGGCAUGGCUAAGUUUGAGGCUAUCACCAGUGCUGCUCUAGUGAAUAUACUAAGUGCAACAAGAGAUGUUGGUUCCCGGCUCUUCGUAGAUAUUUCAAAGCAUCUGGAGUUGUCUAGCCCGCCAAACUCUAAUGGUGUGUUGAAGUAUCUUGCUGAGAACACCCUACCUUCGCAUGCAGUUAUACUCUGUGGUCUAGUAAAGGAUCAGGUUUAUUCUGAUCUGGAAGUUGGUUUUGCCAUAUCUGAGGAUGAAACUGUCUAUAAGGCGUUGUCACAAACUAUUGAGCUAUUGGAAGGACAUACUUCUGUGAUCAGCCAGCAGUAUUAUGGCUGUCUUUUUCACGAGCUACUGGCGUUCCAAAUUGACAACCGGCAUGCACAGCGAGAGAGACAACCUGCAGAAGUGAUACCUCAGAAGAUGAUAGGAUUUUCUAAUUCAGCUAUGUCAACCCUGAAAGAAGCUGAAUUUUUCGUUCCUGACUCCAAGGAAUCUAGUAUCAUUCAUAUGGAUCUAGACCGCAGCUUCUUGCCAGUACCUUCUGUGGUGAACACUUCCAUUUUUGAAAUUUUUGUUAGGCAGAACAUCACGGAUUCUGAAACUGAUGUUCAUUUCGGCAUUAAAAAGCUGGUGAAACAUUACUAUGGUGGUUUCCCAGGAGACCGUUAUUCUGACAGGUUAGAUGGCUUCGGUAUGGAAAUUAUCUAUGGAAGCACCUGUGUUGCACUCUUCAACAAGCUUGUUCUUUGCUGCGUGCAAGAACAAGGUACCUUCUUUUUCCCUUUGGGCACCAAUGGGCACUAUGUCUCAGCAGCAAAGUUUAUGAACGCAAACAUCUCGACCAUUCCAACAAAUUCAGAUUCAGGAUUCAAGAUUGAACCAAUGGUUCUAAACAAAGCUCUAACUGAGGAAGAAAAUUGGGCCUGCUGGGUCUAUAUUUCUGGCCCUACAAUUAACCCUUCUGGUUUCCUAUACAGUGACAAAGAGAUAAGAGAUCUGCUUUCUAUUUGUGCUAUGCAUGGAGCUAGGGUAGUGAUAGAUACCUCCUUCUCUGGUCUGGAGUUCCAAACCGACCGCUGGGCUUGGAGAAAUUUGGAAAGAUUUUCUCAUAAUGUUUGCUUAGAUCCCCCAUUCAUAGCUUUUAUGCUCGGAGAGCUGUCCCUUGGGCUGACUGCGAGUGGCCUUGAUUUUGGGUUUUUAAUUUUCAAUGACCUGUCCGACGUUGAACAUAAUCUCGCAAACUUGAGUCAGCCACAUAGCACAUUGAAGUACACUUUCAGAAAGCUAUUGGGUCUUAAGAACAAGAGGGAUCAACACUUCUCUAAUCUCAUCAUGGAGCAAAAGGAGACACUGAAAAAUCGUGCCAACCACUUGGCAAAGACACUUGUGAGCUGUGGCUGGGAUGUUCCUGGCUGUCAUGGUGGUAUCUCGAUGCUGGCGAAACCGACAGCCUACAUUGGCAAAUCAUUCAAGACUGAAGGUUUUGAAGGCACGCUCGAUGGUUGCAACAUCAGGGAAGCCAUUCUUAGAUCCACUGGACUGUGUAUAAGCAGUAGUAAAUGGACCGGGAUACCGGACUACUGCCGGUUCAGCUUUGCUUUAGAGAGCAGCGAAUUCAACCGGGCAAUGGGCUGCAUAACCAGGUUCAAAGAGUUUGUUCUGGGAGUCGACAUGCUCACAUGAAGGAUAGCUAGAGUGCUUCAUCAUGCUCAAACAAGUGGUUACUAUUCCGUUGAAAAGCGGUAAUAUUUUUCUUUCUACGACAAGGUUUUGGCUGGAAGAUGAUUCUUUUCUUUCUGGUAUCCGGUGGUUAUAGUUAUUUCAGAUUGAUUGUAUAAUGUCUCCUUGCCGUCGGUA